UCUCAACUCAGCCCUCUGAAAAAAUUUCGAUCUCCAUCGUCAAUACCCCAAAUUUUAAUUUCUCUGUUGCUUUCUGAGUUUCUGCUCUUCUCGAAGAUUAUUCCCUUAAGGGUUUUUGUUUGUUAGGAAAUUAGGGUUCUUAUCUUCCUCAAGAGAUGACGACGAGUUUGGAUCGGUGGGAGAAGGAUCCUUUCUUUGCCGCUGCUGAGGAGGUUCAGGAAUCUGCCGACAGGAUGGAGUCAGCUUACAGGACAUGGAUCAAUGGGAAACAAGGCUCUUCAAAUGUAUGGGACGACUCUGAGCAGCUUCACAGGGACCUUCACGCCGCACUCGGAACCACCAAAUGGCAGUUAGAUGAAUUCCAACGAGCUGUUCAAUCUAGCUACGACAAUCGUUUGAGUGAUGAAACUCGAGAUAGGCAUCGCGAGUUUACAUUCGCAAUGGAGACUCAGGUUGCGAAAAUCGAGAAAUCUCUCAAGGAAGCUGCGCAAUCUGACGGCAAAGGAACUCCGAGAUGGGUGCGUUUGGAUGAAGAUGAUCGUAAUGAGCUUGCCCUCUUCUUGACUGGACCAUCUGAAUCCGAAAAGAAACAACUUUCAACAAAUCGUGGCAAAGCAAAUCAGCUUCCAGAUAUGUCAAGUAAAGAGGCAAAGACGCAUGGACAUAGAAGGGCGGCAAGUGCUACUGCUGAUAUCGGUGCUUGGAACGUCGCGGUUUCUUCUGAUGAUGGUUUCGUGCAAAAAACUUCUGAUGAGCCACUGGUUCAACCUCCACGGAAAGUUCCCAGCUUCUCUGGUUUCCUCAAUUAUAUGGAACCUGGGUCCAAAAACUGCAUUAGAAAGUGGAAAGCCUUAGAUCGUCAAGGAGAUUCUGAUGCUGCGUUAUUACCUAUCCAAGCGAACCAACAAGUCAUGAAUGGAUGUUUUGAGAGGGACAAAAGUUGUAUGGAAUGUGAGGACUGUUACGAAAAGCAGCUUCAUGGUUGGUAUGGAGCUCUACAAAGGCAACUUCAACGGUCUCAGUAUCGGAUGCGUUAUAGUAAAUCCGUUCAAGCUGCAAUUUGGAUUCUUCUUUUACUUCUUCUUAUAGUGGUAGUCGCGGUGCAUACAAUGUAGAAGACUGCUAUGGAAUACCACGUUUGAGUUUAUUCAUCCUCGAUGUCACGGGUUGUUCAACUGCGAAAAGGAUGGAUUUGGCAAUCUACACUUUUACUGUACAGUAAUUCCACUGUUUUUGGUUGUUCUGUAAUAUAGAAAUGCAUUUUUUAUUCGAUUAUAUGAAACGGUAUCUUUGAUAAGUAAGAAAGAAUCUUGACACCUCUUAGAUGCAAAGUAAACGCACUCUAGAGUGGAACAUUGUGGACUUGGGAUGUUUUGUAAUACAGAAUGCAUUUUUGAUCCGAAUGUAAUUCUUCAAUGAGAAAUAAGGAAAAUGUCAGA